GUUCGGACAAGAUGGCGGCGCCCUUGCGCGAGUGCUGAGCAACAAUUCGUGUCGGCGAAGGAAAAAAAUAAAAACAAGAAACAAAAGUGAAAAAUCGGUUUCGCUGCACGAUUACGUCCACGGCGCCGGAAACAGAAGACGACGCCAAGGCGCGCGCAGACGCGUUUAUUCGUGCCGGAGCCUUGCGUUCGCGAGAGUCGGCGUGAAUGCAAAUGAAAAUGAUGAUGAAGAUGAUGAUGAUCAUGGUGGUGGUGGGCCUGUGUCCGAUCCGUUACCCCUAACGAAGAAUCGUCCUCACGUUUCCCUUCCAAAAAUAAAAGUACAAUAAACAAUAAACACACCAGACGACUAUCUUUGGAUUUAUCUCGCGGCUCGUGCUUGAAAUUGUGGACGCUGCCGUGUCUUUUGCAAGAAGCCUGAUGAAAAUGGACGUGGAGCUGCUUCACUCGCCUGCUGUGGCGCUUUCUGAGGAAGACGAGGCCGACAUGAGCGACUGGAAUCUUCCUCUCGCCUUCAUGAAGAAACGACACCUGGAGAAGAUUGAGGGCUCCAAAGCACUCGCACAGAGCUGGAGGAUGAAGGACAGGAUGAAGACAGUGAGCGUUGCACUGGUUCUCUGCCUGAACGUUGGAGUCGACCCUCCGGACGUGGUGAAGACAUCGCCCUGUGCCAGACUGGAGUGCUGGAUAGAUCCUCUCUCGAUGAGUCCACAGAAGGCUCUGGAGACGAUCGGGGCCAACCUGCAGAAACAGUAUGAGAACUGGCAACCCAGGGCGCGCUAUAAGCAGAGUUUAGACCCCACAGUGGACGAGGUGAAGAAGCUGUGUACGUCUCUGAGGAGGAAUGCUAAAGAGGAGCGUGUCCUGUUCCACUACAACGGACACGGUGUCCCCCGUCCCACCGUCAACGGAGAGAUCUGGGUCUUUAACAAGAACUACACUCAGUACAUCCCUCUGUCCAUCUACGACCUGCAGACGUGGAUGGGGAGUCCCUCCAUCUUUGUAUACGACUGCUCCAACGCCGGCAUCAUCGUCAAGUCCUUCAAACAGUUCGCACUGCAGAGGGAGCAGGAGCUGGAGCAGGUGGCGGCAAUAAACCCGAACCACCCCCUGGCACAGAUGCCCCUCCCUCCAUCCAUGAAGAACUGCAUUCAGCUAGCAGCGUGUGAAGCUACCGAGCUCCUGCCCAUGAACCCUGACCUCCCUGCUGACCUGUUCACCUCCUGCCUGACCACGCCCAUCAAAAUCGCCCUGCGCUGGUUUUGUAUGCAGAAAAGCGCCAAGCUGGUGCCAGGAGUCACACUGGACCUGAUCGAGAAGAUCCCUGGGCGUCUGAAUGACAGGAGGACGCCGUUAGGCGAGCUCAACUGGAUCUUCACUGCCAUCACAGACACCAUCGCAUGGAAUGUACUGCCUAGAGAUCUUUUUCAGAAACUCUUUCGUCAGGAUCUGUUGGUUGCCAGUCUGUUCCGUAACUUCCUAUUGGCUGAGAGGAUCAUGAGGUCAUACAACUGCACGCCGGUCAGCAGCCCCAGGUUACCACCCACCUACAUGCACGCCAUGUGGCAGGCGUGGGACCUGGCGGUGGAUAUUUGCCUCUCUCAGCUUCCUACCAUCAUCGAGGAGGGCACGGCCUUCAGGCACAGUCCGUUUUUCGCGGAGCAGCUCACAGCGUUUCAGGUGUGGCUCACUAUGGGAGUGGAGAACAGAAACCCACCUGAGCAGCUCCCUAUUGUCCUACAGGUCCUCCUCAGUCAGGUGCACCGGUUGCGAGCGUUGGACCUGUUGGGUCGUUUCCUAGACCUCGGGCCCUGGGCCGUCAGCCUGGCUUUGUCUGUAGGGAUAUUUCCGUAUGUGUUGAAGUUGUUACAGAGUUCAGCGCGAGAGCUUCGUCCUCUCCUUGUCUUCAUCUGGGCCAAAAUCCUCGCUGUGGACAGUUCCUGUCAGGCUGAUCUGGUGAAGGAUAAUGGUCAUAAAUACUUCCUGUCAGUUCUGGCUGAUCCGUACAUGCCAGCCGAGCAUCGCACCAUGGCCGUCUUCAUCCUGGCUGUUAUAGUCAACAACUACAACACGGGACAGGAGGCGUGUCUGCAGGGGAACCUGAUUGCGAUCUGUCUGGAGCAGCUGAGCGACCCUCACCCUCUCCUGCGUCAGUGGGUGGCCAUCUGCCUCGGCCGCAUCUGGCACAACUUCGACUCGGCCCGGUGGUGCGGUGUUCGAGACAGCGCUCACGAGAAACUCUACAGCCUCCUGUCAGACCCCAUACCUGAGGUACGAUGUGCGGCCGUGUUUGCAUUGGGGACCUUCGUGGGAAAUUCGGCCGAGAGGACGGAUCAUUCCACCACCAUCGACCACAAUGUGGCCAUGAUGUUAGCGCAGCUCAUCAACGAUGGGAGCCCCGUGGUCAGGAAGGAGCUGGUGGUGGCUCUGAGUCACCUGGUGGUUCAGUAUGAGAGCAACUUCUGUACUGUCGCUCUGCAGUUCAUGGAGGAGGAGAAGAACUAUGCAGCUCCCUCACCUGCUAACACUACAGAGGUGGGGAACGUGACUCCGGUGAGGGAGCGAGACAGUCCGGCGGUCCCUCGUCUCCGCUCCGUUAACUCCUACACCAACAUCCGAGCGGCCAGCAGCACACGCAACCUCAACAAGAGUCUCCAGAACCUCAACCUUAACGAGGAAGGUGGCCCUGUGACCUUCUCCCCCGGUAACUUGAGUGCGAGUAGCAGCGCCAGCAGCACCCUGGGCAGCCCUGAUAACGACGAGUAUCUCCUAUCCUUCGAGACCAUCGAUAAGAUGAGACGGGUCAGCUCCUACUCAUCCCUCAACUCCCUCAUCGGUGUGUCCUUUAACAGUGUGUACACACAGAUCUGGCGUGUGUUAUUACACCUGGCAGCUGAUCCGUUCCCGGAGGUGUCUGAUUUGGCCAUGAAGGUGCUGAACAGCAUUGCCUAUAAGGCUACGAUGAAUGCUCGGCCACAGAAGAUUCUGGACUCAGGUUCUCUCACCCAAUCAGCUCCAGCCAGUCCAACCAGCAAGGGAACCCUCAUACAUCAAGCUGGCGGGUCUCCGCCCAUCCCGGGUGUGUCCAGUUCCAGCCUCACCAACGACGUGCCAAAGCCACCACAAGCCCCGCCCACUCGCCCCCCGUACACACCCACUCUGGGCUCUCAGGUGCCGCCCCAUUCGCACCAAUUCUCACGAACACGCAAAAUGUUCGACAAGGGACCUGACCAGAUGGCAGAGGAUGGGGAUGAGACUCCUGCUCACAGGAACUUCAUCAGUGUGACACUGCAGACCGGACUAUGUGACUGGAGCGCCAAAUACUUUGCACAACCCGUCAUGAAGAUCCCGGAGGAGCACGAUGUGGAGAGUCAGGUGAGGAAGGAGAGAGAAUGGAGGUUCCUGAGGAACGCCGGAGUGCGCCGACAGAGCCAGCGUAUCACACAGAGAGGAAUCGCCCGAUUGGACGAUCAGAUCUUCAUUAACAGGAACCCCGGAGUGCCUUCAGUGGUGAAGUUUCACCCGUUUAACCCCUGCAUCGCUGUCGCCGAUAAAGACUCCAUCUGUUUUUGGGACUGGGAGAAAGGCGAGAGGUUGGAUUAUUUCUAUAACGGGAAUCCCCGAUACACUCGCAUCACAGCCAUGGAGUACCUGAACGGACACGACUGCUCCCUCCUCCUCACCGCCACCGACGACGGGGCGUUACGAAUCUGGAAGAACUUUGCGGACCAGCGGAAUCCCGAGAUGGUGACUGCAUGGCAGGGUCUCUCAGACAUGCUGCCCACCACACGAGGUUUAGCUCGGCGGGUUUCAAUCUAUCUUGACAGAAGUAAGCAGGGAGGUGCAGGAAUGGUGGUGGACUGGGAACAAGAGAACGGGCUCCUCAUGACCUCUGGAGAUGUUCGAGUCAUCCGGAUCUGGGACACAGAGAGAGAGAUGAAGGUCCAGGACAUCCCGACAGGAGCAGACAGCUGCGUGACAAGUGUGUCAUGUGACCCGCAGCGCUCCCUAGUGGUGGCCGGCCUCGGCGACGGAUCUGUGCGUGUGUAUGACCGCAGAAUGGCUCCCAAUGAGUGCCGUGUGAUGACGUAUCGGGAGCACGGUGCGUGGGUGGUGAAGGCUCACCUGCAGAGAGAGACAGACGGACACAUCAUAAGUGUUAGUGUAAAUGGAGACGUGCGUUUUUUUGACCCCCGUAUGCCUGACUCCAUCAACGUGCUACAGACUGUGAAAGGACUGACAGCACUCGACAUCCACCCACAGGCCAACCUGUUCGCCUGUGGUUCUAUGAAUCAGUUCAUCGCCGUGUAUAACUCCAGUGGUGAUGUCAUCAGUAAUAUUAAAUACUAUGAUGGCUUCAUGGGGCAGAGGAUCGGUGCUAUAAGCUGCUUAGCUUUCCACCCAUACUGGCCGCACUUGGCCGUGGGCAGUAACGACUACUACAUGUCCAUCUACUCAGCGGACAAGAGACUGAGAUAACACCAUGACCUCUGACCUUUUGACCUUACGUGCCCCAAGUGGGCGGGAUGUAAAUGACUUCUUGUACAUAUGCAACUACCACCAUGAAUGUUUAGUGAAGGCUGCUGAACUUUCACAGUCACUAUUGGAAUAACAACAGUAAUAAUAGAGUAAUUAUUAUUAUUAUUAUUAUUAUCAUUAUUAUUAUUUUGGAGUUCUUGAUUGUAGACUUGGCUGUGCUGAGCAGUGUGUAUAUUUAAACUGCAAUUAUGAAAAACAGAUACGUAUAUUUUACAGAUCAGUAAAGGAGGCAGUGAAGUUGCCUCUCU